AUGUCCUGCUGCAAGCCCUGCGACCCUUGCUGCCAGCCCUGCGGCCCCUGCCCGCUGGCCAACAGCUGCAAUGAGUGCUGUGUCAGGCAGUGCCAGAGCUCCCACGUUGUCAUUGAGCCGCCUGCUGUGCUGGUGACCCUGCCCGGCCCCAUCCUCAGCUCCUUCCCACAGCACACCGCCGUGGGAUCUUCUACCUCCGCUGCUGUUGGCAACAUCCUCAGCUGUGGCGGAGUGCCCAUCAGCUCCGGGGGCUUUGACAUCUCCUGCAUCACCAACUGCUAUGGUGGCAGCAGAUGUUGUCGUCCCUGCUAAAGCUGCUGGCAAUAUCCUCAGGCAAGAACCUCCAAGCCCUCAGCAUGUGGAGCUGGAAUGAAGACAGAAUUUUGGGACAUUAAAUGUAGGACUUAUGACUUUUGUUUCCUUCUUGUCUUCUCUUUUUUCUCUUCCAUUCCUUUCCUGUCACCAGCACUCAGUGCCCGCCUAGUGGGACCUCUAGGCCUUCCUCCUUCUUUCUGUCUGGAGGGCAGGCAGAGGGACACCCCAAAUGCA